AUGUCUUUAUUUCGAUCCAAAUAUAAAAGACCUGCACCAUUAACCGAUGCCGACUACGAUCACGAAAUUCAACUGGUAGAUCAUGCAGACCCAAAUGCGAGUCGGAGUCAUUCGAGGGGUGUGCAGGCUAAGGAUGAUGGCUUACCGGCGAUAAUUAUAACGAAUUCUUUGUCAGGGAAUCAGAUUGAUGAGCCGUUGAGGAUAAAGAGGUCUCUGAGGACGGAGCUCACUAGGAGAAAAUGGAAGAAAUAUAGGGAUGUGCAUGUUGCAGCGGAUGAGAUUGAGGAUAGUCCUAUUCAAGUUGGCUCGGUGAUAACCCUGCCUCCCGAGAAUGAAAACACUUCAGAUGAUGAGGAGCGUGGUCGAAGUCGAAGAAGAACAAAAGCUCAGCAGGAACGGGACAAGUUACCUUUCGAGAUUGAUAUCUUAUACGAGAAUGAACGAGGGUUGAUUUUAUGUGGAUUACAUAUGUUCUCUGGUAAAGCUUUGGGGAAUUUGGAUCCGGCGCCCUGGACCAAUAUUGCGAAUAAGACGAGCGCGACGAAUACUUCGAAUGCUCAAGUACCGGAUCCGAGUUGGGAAUGGGCUUGGCCGGAGUGGAUUAUCAAUCACGAUGACGGGGUCGAUGAUGAAGGGUGGGAAUAUUCUUUCGCUUUCUCCAAGAAAUGGUCAUGGCAUAGUUCCAAAUGGUAUAGCUCAUUCGUACGAAGAAGAGUAUGGAUUCGAAAACGAGUCAAGAAGAGCUCUGGAUAUCACCAACAGGCUCAUAUGCUCAAUGAUGAUUAUUUUACGAUACAUCCAGCACGUAGCAGAAGUCGCGCAACAACCCUCACAGGCGCCGCUCUAGAUGGAGAUAGUAGAAGUCGACGCAGUCUAGCAGUCUCUAGCCGAAAUUUUGAAACCGAAUGGAGGGUCGAGGAGAUCAGUGAUAUAGCGACAUUAAUGAAAGUCCUUCGAAUAUGUCGAAUCGAUAGAGAGAAAAUGGAAGCAGUGGAAAGUUUUAUGAAGCAUGGAGGCGAGGAACUCCACUACUUGACGGACACGGAACAUAUGCAUGAGAUUAUGAAUCAUUUUAUUUUUCAGGCGAGUAGACGAGUACUGCUUGAGAGGUUGAUGAAGGAAUUUGAGGGGGUGGGUGGUGAGGAAGGGAAAGAAGAGGAGAAAGAAGAUGGGAGAGAGGAGGAGAAAGCCAAUGGGCGAAGUGACGGAGAGGGUCGUAAGAAAGAGGAGGAAGAAGACGAUGAAAACGAGAGAACAAAGCAACGAGCAAAGAAUCUGGAAGGAGCAGUCAAAGCCGCAGAUGAAGAAGUCAAGAGAUUAGAAUACUGGAGCGAUGUUCGACAAAUGGCAGAGAAAGGAGAGACGAUGGGAGCGGUAGAUGAUGAGAAAGGAUGGGAUGGAAAGUGGGAGGGUUUAGAUGCGAGUGGACCAAAGGAUACUAAAUUUGAUGGGAAGGUUAUGGAGGGGAAGGAAGGAGGUGGGAUUGAAGGGAGAGAUAAUGAGAAGGAAGAUACAAAGGAAAAUAGCAAGGCUAAUGAAAAUAGGAAUGGGAAUGGGAAUUGUAUUAAGAAAAAUAAGGGAAAGGAAAAGGCUCGGGAUUAA